AUGGAUACUGCGAAACUCAUUUAUAAUCAAGGGCUACUGCCAGUUAUCUCUUAUGCCUCAUGCAUCUGGGGGCACAGCUUAAAAAAGAAAAUAAAUCGCAAAGAAAUCAGAAAACUGCAGAGAAGAGUCCUUUUGAGAAUCGUCAAAGCUUACCGAACGGUGAGUUACGAAGCCAUUUUUGCUCUGGCCGGUGCGCCUCCUUUGGACAUAGUCAUUUGCAACACAAUGCUUGCUCGAGAUGCUUAUCUCCGCUCCGUUCGGGAUGUUCACUUAAAUAAUACUCUCUCUCCCUCCGAUCUUCCUCAUCCCUCUAUAAAAGAUCCUAUUUCACUUGUAGAUUUCGAUGCCACUAAUUUGAACAACUAUGAUUUUGUUUGCUUCACAGACGGCAGUAAGAUCAAUGAGAGAGUCGGACUAGCAUUUGUUUUGUAUCAGCAUGAGAUUGAGUUCUCCAUUCAUCAGUUCCGUAUUAGUGACAACUGUUCCGUUUUCCAAGCCGAGCUCUUGUGCUUAAAUCUCGCAGUGAAACACGUCUCAAAUUUUCUUGGAGCUAAAGUACUGAUUUGCAGUGACUCUCUUUCCUCUCUUUUUUCUCUUUUGAAUGUCAGAAGUUUUGAAAAGCUCAUUGUGGAAGUUCAAAGCAUUAUAAGCAAUAUUAAUUCACACGAUAUUUGUGUCGAUUUUACCCAUGUGCGAGGCCACUCAGGAAUUCGAGGAAAUGAAAGAGCUGAUGCUUUAGCAAAAGAGGCUACUCGUUUACCUUUUUCCUUAGAUGUAGCUAAUCCUCCCUCGUUCUCGAAACUGUUCUACUCUAAGAAAGCUACUAAGGAUGGGAAUUCAGAGUAUCUGUCUUCAAAUAAGGGAAAAUGGACCAAGCGCUUCCUUCCCACUAUUUUCUUUAGAUUGAAACGGCAACAUCUCAAAACUGAUUUUUUUGUCACUCAGUUUCUUACUGGGCAUGACCAUUUCUUUGCUAUAUCUGGCUUAAUUGAUGUAGCUACUCCUGACAUUCCUCUUGAAAGUGCUGCCACUCCAGCUCUGUCUACACAGAAACCAUCAACUUCCAGGCAAACAUCCAUUAGUAAAGAAACCCCUACAAAGAUUCUUCAGAAGUCUCAUCCAAUCCCAAAACUAGUCAGCUCGACAGUGAAGUCAAAACAAGUUGCUUGUCUGAACGGAAUGUAG